UUUUACUCUAAAAUGAAAAUAUAAUGAGUAGUUUUUGGUUGAAGGUCAUUUUCUUAUUAUAUAAAAGGGGGCUGAAAUAAUAAACAGCAGUAUCAGUUCGAUUCUGUUAUUUGAACUAUCAUUCAACAUGAACUCAUUGAUUGCCUUUGCCUUCGUCGCCUUCGCAGCCUCUGCCUCUGCUUCAAUCCACGGUCUUGGACUUGGUCAUGCUGCCAUCGUGAACCCCCAUGCUCUUAGUCCCGUUGGCCCAUCAGGAAUUGUUACUGGUGCCGGAGCUGCUGGUCCAUCUGGAGUUGUAACCGGAGCCGGAGCCGCUGGACCUUCUGGAGUUGUAAACGGACAUGGAGCAGUAGGACCAACUGGACCUAACGGACAUGGAGUAGCUUGGGCAGCUCCUUUAGCUGUUGGGUACGCUGGAUUAGCAGGACCCGCUGGAUGGGCAGGACACGGUGCAUGGGGUGCUGCUCCAUUAGCUUUGGGACACGCCGGUUGGGGUCUAGGAUAUGGCGGAUGGGGACAUGGAUAUGGAGCUGGUCAUUGGGGUCAUGGUUGGUAAAUUUAGGAACAGAAAUAUAAAAUAUAUUGUUAUUUAUAAAUUAAAUUCAAAUGUGAGCUUUUGGAAACAAAAAUAAAUGUUGUAUAUUA